AUGGAGGAAGUCCCAGUCUUGAUCGUUGGGGCUGGUCCCUCAGGGGCUACAACGGCACUGCUCUUGGCUGAUUUGGGUAUCAAAUCACUUGUAGUAUCAAGGCACGCGUCUACUGCGAAUACACCAAGAGCUCACAUUUUCAAUCAGCGAGCUAUGGAGGUGCUACGAGAUGCAGGUCUUGAGACGAAGUUGAUGAACCUGCAGCACGCUUCGUGGCUGGAUUCGCUCAACGGAGAGGAAUAUGGGCGACUUUGGGCCUGGGGUAACAAGCCGAACCAGAAGGGAGAUUAUGAGGCUGCCAGCCCCUGUGUGAUGUCCGACAUACCACAGAGCGCCCUUGAACCUGUAUUGGUAGAGGAAGCAACCAAACUAGGGGCUGAAUUCCGAUUUUCCACCAGCUUUGUGUCCUUCAAAGAAGUCAAAGAUGGGGUCAUUACGACUCUCCGGGAUCGCAACGACAACAGGGAGUACACGGUGGUUUCUCGUUAUUUGGUCGGCGCUGAUGGUGCGAGAAGCAGUGUGCUGGACAGCCUGGGCAUCAAAGUAGUUGGCCGACAAUUGAACACGGCAUUCAAUGUUCACAUCAAAGCAGAUCUAACCAAGUUUCUGUCCCAUCGGCCAGGUAGCUUGAAUUGGGUCCUGAACACUGAAGCUCCGGAAUGGUCAGCCGUGGGCAAUUUUCGUCUGGUCAAGCCGUGGAAUGAGUUUGUCGUGUCUAUGCAUCCCUCGACAAAACAUUCCCAGACGUUCCAGCCAAGCGAAGAGGAUGUAAUCAAGCGAAUACACCAGAUGAUUGGCGAUAACACCGUCAAAAUUGAAGUGCUCUCCACAUUCUCCUGGACAAUCAACGAUCAGGUAGCUGAGCGUUGGCAGGAGGGUCGAGUUUUAUGUAUCGGAGACGCUACGCAUCGUCAUCCACCGAUCAACGGGCUCGGAAGCAACACUUGCAUAUCCGACGCGUUCAAUCUCGCUUGGAAGCUGGGCUAUGUUUUGAAAGGCUGGGCUUCGACCUCUCUACUCGACUCUUUGACAAUAGAGCGCAAGCCAGUCGGCGACGGAGUCGUCCGGCGAGCCAACGACGGUAUGGAGGCUCACAGAAGACUUUGGAGUCUGCUCGGACUAGACCCAGAGGGGCGCAAGAAGGCGACCGACCUCAUGCAGUCGAGUACAGCAGCUGGGGCAGAGAUGCGCGAAAAGAUUCGAAUCGCCCUGGAAGCGACUGAGGAUGAAGUGCAAGCGCUGGGCAUCCAGAUGAACCAACGGUACCUAUCCUCGCCGGCCACUGUGGUGGAGCCUGGCGACACAGCGCCAGAUCUCAGCAGUGUGAAUCCCAUCAGGCAAGUUUGGAUCAGCACUUUUCCUGGCUACCAUCUACCUCAUGUAUGGCUAGCAACAGGCGGUCAAUCCGAAAGAAUCUCUACACUGGAUCUGAGUGGCCACGGGGGUUUCACGCUUUUCACUGGGAUCGGUGGAGACUCCUGGGUGCAAGCCGCACAGGUUUUAUCGGGGUUGAAUAAAGCCCCCCUCAGGGCGUACACCAUAGGCUUCAGGUGCGACUACAUGGAUUGCUAUCGGGAUUGGGUCAAGGUCCGUGGUGUAAGCGAGACUGGCGUGGUCCUCGUCAGGCCCGACCAAUUUGUUGGCUGGCGUUGUCAUGAGCUUGUGCAAGAUCCAGUCGGUAAGCUAUCCUCCGUCCUGGAGCAAAUACUAGGAAGCCAAGGGUGA